AUGGCAGCUGGCACAAAGAGAAAGCACGCCAUUGCUUCGACAGCUGAUCAGACCGCUUCUGCUGGCCCAUCGAGGCUUUCGAAGAGGCCAGCAAGGCCCGUCGCUGCCGAUCUCAUGGAUGGCAGCGAUGAUGAUGAUGGUGAUGACGACUUUGAUGAUGGAGAAGAUCUGCUCGCGGCUGCACAAGCUGGGACGGCGGUUUCAGAAGGAGAAGAAGAGGGAAGCGACGACGACGAAGACGAAAACGACGAAGACAUGAGCGAAGGCGGGGCUGGUGCGUCAGCAUACGAGUCUGAGGGCGAUGAGGACGACUUCGAGCUGCUCGAUGGCGAGGAUGAUGCAGAGCAAGAUGAUGAGGAGAGCGCCGUCGCAGGAGGCAGCAAGUCUUUGAACGGCAAGAAAAAGUCAAAAGUUGACCUCUAUGCGCUUCCAACCAACGAGGAGCUGCAAGCACUCACAGAAGUAGGGGAGCAAUUCAAAUCCGGCCUCGUCAAGAUGAAGAUAGAGGAGAUGGUCUCCAGCGUCACGCCAAAGCACAGCAAAGCCAAGCCACUCGAGGCGAUACUACAUCGUCUUCGUUCUCUCGUCGAGUCGAUCGAACCGAUCCCCGCCACAUCGGUUAAGGAAGCGGCAAAGGCGAUCAAGAAGCGCUUCCCUGCCAGCAACGUCACCAUCCCCUACGGCAGUGUCGCUCCCCCGAAGAAGGACGCGCAGUACUCCUUGGCCUUUGAGCCUCCCGCAGCUUUGCAGCUGGUGGGAAGCUGGCCACUCAAGGUCGCAGCUAAGCGUCCGUCUGGCCUGGACGUGGAUGUGGCGCUGGUGAUGCCCUCAUCGCUCUUCCAGGAGAAGGACCACAUGAACUAUCGCUACUUUCACAAGAGAGCUUUCUACCUUGCCGUAGUCGCUGCGGCUAUUUCGACCAGCGAGGAACUGAGAGGCGUACAGGUGACCUUCGGCGGUGACGAGCGCCGCCCGACGUUGGUGCUAUCGCCACCAAAGGACAAGUCGGGCCUUGACUUCUCCAAGCUCAAGGCAGAAGUGAGGAUCCACCUUGCUCAUCAGCCGGAUCUAUUCCCUCCCGCUCGCCUCGCACCUGGCCGCAACAAUGUUCGCUCUGCAUCAGCCGACGAUGAAGCCAGCGGCAGUGCCUUGGCUGCGCCUACCCCACGAUACAACGCCUCCAUCCUUCUCGACUCCCUUCGUGCUCCGCACCUCGUUUACCUACACGCUACGGCAAAAGCAUGCCCAGCGUUCACCGACGCCGCCCUUCUGCUGCGCGUCUGGGCGUUCCAGCGCGGCUUUGGCUCCGGCCACACCACGGAUGGGAGUGUACGCCGACUUGUAGCGGGGACAGAAGGGGCGCGCUUCGUCCUUACGAUGGUGCUCGCUCACUUGCUCCACGGAGAGGAGCUCAGCGAUCGCAAAGCCGGACCUCUGGGAGUGGCAGCACGCGCCAAGCUUUUCAACACCUUCAGCAGCUAUCAGCUCUUCCGCGGGUGCAUAGACUGGCUGGCCACGCACGACUUUGCUUCCCACCCAGUCUUCAUGAAGUCCGCACCAGAGCACGGCUUAGUCUCACGAUCGGACCGGAUCCCGCGGGAAGACUUCACUGCGCAGUACGAGCGUGUGUUGGUGGAUCCAACGGGUAGCGUGAACCUACUUGACGAAUGGACGCCCGGAGCAGUGGAUCUGCUUCAGCAUGAAGCGAGGCUGACCUUCGCGAUGCUUGACGACGAGGGACCGACGGAUCACUUCAGCGACAUCUUUCUGAGGGCGAAGAGUUGCCCCAGCUUCACGUUUGACGAGUUAGCGAGCGUACGUCUGGAGAGCUCGCAUUCAGAAGAUGCGGCAGCUUUCGACCACGCCAGCGCUGCUGCGGCCACGCUGGCAGCCGUACAAACAACUCUACGUCGCGCCUUAGCCACACGCUGUCAUUUCACCACGGUACUGCAGUCAGCAGAGGAAAGCGGCAAACUUCGCACUCUCAACAGCAAAUCCUUCUCCGCUCCCUCGCAAAUCGAGCUUGGCUUCCUGUACCGCGGCACACAAGCACAGCGCAUCGUGGAGCACGGGCCCCUCCAGGAGGAUGUUGCUGCUUCAGAGGAGUUCCGACAAUUCUGGGGAGAAGAGGUGGCAGAGCUGCGUCGCUUCAAGGACGGAAGGAUUUCGUACAGCGUUGUGUGGGAGGUGGGGCCCCGACAGGCGGAGAGGGCUGGAAUCCCGAGACGCAUCGUACGACAUGUGAUGCAGAGGCAUCAUGGUGACGUGCUGGCGGGAGAUGCUAUUCGCUUCGAGGGAGGGGGCUUCACCGGCCUUGUAGAGGCACCAGAGUCAGUUACGAAAGCGGCGUACCUCGCCUCGCCUGAAGAGAGAGGCGGUUUUCAACUGGUCCAAUCAGCCUUUGACACGCUGGUCAAGCAACUGCGCUCCCUUCCCUCCGACGAGGUUCCCCUCUCCCUCAUCACUGCAACCCCUUGCAGUCCUGGGCUACGAGGCACCUCAACCUUCAUCCCCGCCCCCCUCGACGUUGCUGCUCUAGGGACGCCUCGCACGCCAGACUGUGCUUCUUGGCUCCCAGUUCACGACGUCAUCCUGAGCUUCGAGGCCUCGGGCAAAUGGCCAGACGAUCUUGAGGCCAUUCAGGGCAUGAAGAUGGCACUCCUCGAGCGCGUAGCCGCAGCGCUGCAGACGGUCAUCGGGGAGGGAAUGCACGCUCGCAUUGCGUUCGAUGCCGACGCGGUCGGUGCGGGAUCGAUACAGGAUGAGGUCAGCUUGGAGCUCACGCUCCCCUCCGGCUUCGCAUUCCGGCUGCGUAUCCAACAUGAUCGCGAGCGGGUCUUGCUGGAGCGCAUCGUAGCGGACCGCUUCGCCACCCCUGCGCAGCGCAGUGACGCUACUCGCGCUCUUACUCGACACAGGCAGCGCUUCACCCAUGCUCCGAAGCACCACGCACGCGUUGCGGCACUGGUUCACCGCUUCCCCGCGCUGGGCGAGACGACUAGGCUGCUGAAGCGUUGGGUGCGCGCCCACCAGCUGGAUGAGGAGGGUCACGUUCCUAACGAGGCGCUCGAGCUGCUCGCUGCGAGCGUAUUUGUGAACGACACCCCGCUCGGCUUGGCCCCUUCGACUGGUCAAGCUGGGUUUACGGCGGCGCUCCGCAGGCUGGCUGGAUGGGACUGGAAGGCCGAGCCCCUGCUCGUCGCUGUUCAGGCCGCCAUCCUUGCAUCGGACCAGCAGGCAGGCAAGGCAGAGAACGCUACACAGUCGCAACAUCAGCCGUUCAAGGAAGCUCGCACAUCCGACCCUUCCCUCUCCCGCCGCGCAUGGUUCAUCGUGACGGACGACGAAGAGGAGGAGGCCGAGGCUAGCGAUGAAGGAUCAGAUGCGUUCUCCCUCGCUACGAUGCGUGGCCCGGCAGCAGCGAGCGCACAUGCGUUGCAGACGUUGGCCAGGGGGGCGUGUGGACUGAUAGCUGCUCGCGAUGGGCAGGAAGAAGGGGAUACGAUGGCGCUAGUCAAGGCUUUGUUCAAGCCCAGUCUGGGUCACUUUGACUUCCUCCUUUACCUGAACCCAGCCGUGCUCUCAAGGUACGCCCCGCAGAACAUCAGCGCCGAUGCCAGCAUCUGGUCCUCCUCAUCAUCAGGCAGCUUCAAGAACAAGCCUUCGAAGAAGGCAGGCCCAGUGACGCAACUGGGUCGCACCCCUCGUCCUGGCUUCGACGCUGCUGCCUCCUUCGUCCAGCUGCUUCGCGGCCUCUACUCUGACUCGCUGCGACUCUACUACGAUGUAAACGGUGGGGACGUCGUUGGUGGUCUUUGGAACCCGGCGUUGAGCCAGAGAGAGGGCAAGAGGUUCAAGCCGAGAAUCGGGUUCAACGCGAUGCCCGUGGACGGGAAGGAAGGCGGGGAGAAUGUGAAGCUGAAUAAGGAGGCAGUGCUCGCUGAGCUGGAGAGAUUGGGUGAGGGGCUGGUUGUGAGGGUCGAGAGUAAGGAGAAGUGA